AUGGGAGAGAACAGAAGACAGAAGUUUAUUGAGCGGCAAAAGAAGUUUCAUCGUGGCUCCAGCUUUCUGGCGAAGGCACAAGCGCAUGAGAGUCACCAUCGCCAUCAUGAAGAAGAAAAGGGCGGCAUCAGCAUUGGCACAACCUUCCUGUUUACCGCGUGGCCUAGCAGUUGGUGGGUUGGCAACGCAAUUUUUGCACAACUUCCAUUGUUGGUUGAUCGCUUGCCAGAGGGCCAAGCGCUGGGCACACAGCUCUCCAUGAUGGUCCAAGCAGGCAAUAUUUUCUCCAUCAGCUACAAGGUUAUUGAGCAUCACUGCGGGGCAAUUGACGCUAGCAUAGUGGUGAGUGGGAUGCGCCAGAUGUCCUUGUUCAUUCUGAUGUUAUUGGCGGUGUUUUGGGACCGCGAACUUGGAGGCGCCAGUAUUUGGCUGCUGUCGCUAGCAGUUUUCGCUGGUGGGCUCGGCUGUUUGUCCGACCUCACUUACUGGUCAUUGGUCAUGCGGCAUCCGCCGCCAUGCACCAAAGCAGUUGGAGUAGGAAUGUCUUUGGGCAAUCUUGUGGUACUUGGCCUCUCGCUGUUGCAGGUUAGUGGACGCGACGUGGAGAAUCCUCGGUUUGGAGUAACCACAUUCUUUGUUUUGGCCGCUUGCUUUCAGUUGUUCUGGGGCCUCGACACUCUCAUGAUCCAGGACAAGCUCAUGCCGGCAGUGGUUUGGGCAGCUGGCAUGGUAUCAGAAAGCUUGGGCAAGAGGCUUGUCGAUUGGAUCAACCCAAUGCAUGAGAAAGCUGCGGCUCUCCUACGUGCGGAUGACGAGAACAAGGACAGCAAGGACAAGAACGAGGACGAGGAACAUCCAGGCCCACAUGCAGUGGGCUUGCCACAUACUACGUUGAUAUCCCUUUUUGAGACAGUCAAUUUUCUCACCUACGCCGCAACCUACACGUUGCCUUCGUUACUUCCUUUCGUCGCAGGAGCGUAUCCAGGCAAAUCUCAGCAGUGCCACUUGCUCCUGUACAUGAUGAUCUUGCAGUCCGUGGGUGAUGUGACAGGGCGCAUGUUGGCACCUACAUCUAAGAGUGGCCCAUUGCAAAAGAAGCUGCCGCUUCUCGGUGGCAUGGUGCUGCCUACGUGCUUUCUUUGCCUCGUUCUGGCAGCAGUUGAUAGCAGCAUGGUGUCUCGCUUCUUUUCUUAUGAAUCUGCGUCCAUCCUGCUGCCGCUCCUAGUGAUGUGUUUUUUCUUCUCUCGCGGGAUGCUGGUCUCAGCUGUUUUCCUACAAGCGCGAGGUCUGACAAGCAGCCGGCAAGCAGCUGAGCAUUUGGCCUCUACGAUGGGUUUCUGUGGGCAAAUGGGAGCUUUGUCCGCAAACGUCAUCACCUUUUCUGUGGUGACUUACUGCCACACAUGA